AUGGUUUAUGAUGCAGGAGCUGGAUUCAAGUCCAAAUUACAGUAUGAAUCUGGAUUAUUUACAGUAAGGAUAAAGAUAUCAAACAAGAAAACUAAUGGAGUCAUCACAGCUUUCUACUUAAUUUCAGAUGAUCAAGAUGCAGGGGUCAAUCAUGAUGAAAUAGACUUUGAAUUUAUAGGGACUGAAGGGAGAUUGCAGACAAAUAUAUUUGCUAAUGAUAUGGGUGGCAGAGAAGAAGUUUUUCAACUUCCUUUUGAUCCUUCUGAGGAUUAUCAUACUUAUCAAAUUCUUUAUACUCCACAACGCAUAGUAUCUGAGCCCAUGGACCAGGCCCAAAUUAGGCCCAAAUCAAUUGCAGCUUAUGAGGAAUUUCAGACAAAAAUAUAUGAUUCUUGA